GUAUCAUUGUGGAAAGUGAUGUUUCCAUUUAAAAUAAUAUUUCUGGAGGGAAAUAAUAUUUUGAAUACUUCACUAUUUAUAAGUAAUGUCAAUUCAGUUGCCUUUAAAUACCUGUUUGUACUUUGUAAUUAAUUCAAAAAGCCUUUGGGUUCGGCCGAAGACCUGGCAACUCUACUACUUGUGUAGACCUAAGCUUUUCUGGAGAAUAAAUUAUGUUAUCCCUCUUAGAGUUUUCCAUACAAACAAACCACAUUGUAAAUGGAGUAGAGGCAAAGCACUGUGGUAUAAUAAGUACCUCUACUGCCAUGACUUUUUGCAUUGCAGGAUUUCAAAACUUAGCACUUCUAAGAAAUUAACAAACAAUCGCAUGUCACGAUUUAAGAACACUUUAGAAUCUGUUUCAAAAGCUGUGUCUGGAACUCACAGUGAACUGGUUUCACGUAUCGCUCGUCUAAAACCGCGUUCCAGUACACUGAGCAAAUCAACUGAAGAAAAUGAGCAGGGAAAUACUUUUCACGUUAGGGUAGAAAGUGACAGACAAACUAACAUCAGGUCUCAGGAAGACUGUGAUGAUAGCUUAGAUAUAAAGAAGCCUGUCACGGCAAGUGGAGACCUAGAGCUGGGUGGUAUUAAUCAAGGUUCACGGAAAGAUCUUUCAGAUCUCAAAAACAGCCUUUUUCACGUUAGCUACUUUGCUACAAACUUUGGAGAAACAUACAACUUUCUCGCUGGUCACAUCAAUUGGUAUUUUAAUACAAGUGUUAUGGAUAAAGAGAAAAAAGGGAGCUCAUUCCCACCCAAACCAGAGAAUCAAGCUGGAGAAGCACUUGAUUCACCAGAAGAAGAUAUAUUAAGUAAUGAAAACAGGCUGGAUGUAGCAUCGGCUUUAAUUCCAUCAGCUCAGUCUCCAGAAUCUGCAAAAACAAGCACCACUCCUCCAGCUUCCAGCAAAAAAAGUAUUGCAAAUCUUCUUUCUUAUCCUAGUAACAGCGUACAGGCCUUUGUGGAUAGUUACAUUGGAGGGCUGGUACCCAAAUUACGGUCUGAUACAAAAUCUGCUGUGCAAGAAAAGAUGAGUAUACAAGAACCUGAGGAAGUUUUGAAAGAUGAUGAAGAGACCAAAAGUGCAGAAGAAAAAGAGAAGAGGCGGUCUCUUCAAAGGGAAAAGAUUAUUGCAAGGGUAAGUGUUGAUAACAGAACCCGGGCUUUAGCUCAAGCAUUGCGAAGAUCAUCUAGCAGAAGAGUCUGUAUCAACAGGGUUGAAGAAUUGACAUACCAUCUAUUGGAAUUUCCAGAUAGUAGAGGAGUAGCUAUUAAGGAAAAAAUCAUUCCCUGCUUGUUGCGUCUCAGGCAAGCAAAUGACGAAACUCUUGAGGCUGCUGUUAGGGAGGCAUUGGCUGUAAUUGGGUAUACAGAUCCUGUGAAAGGUUGGGGCAUUCGCGUUCUCAGUAUUGAUGGUGGGGGAACAAGGGGUUUAGUGGCACUUCAAACUCUUCGUAAACUUGAGGAGCUUACUGGAAAGCCUGUUCAUCAUCUCUUUGACUACAUUUGUGGAGUGAGUACAGGUGCUAUAUUAGCAUUUAUGUUGGGGAUAUUCCAUAUUCCACUGGACGAGUGUGAAGAACUUUAUCGCAAACUAGGAACUGAUGUGUUCAAGCAAAAUGUCAUUGUUGGGACCGUUAAAAUGGGCUGGAGCCAUGCAUUUUAUGACAGUGAAAGCUGGGAGAAAAUGCUUAAAGACCGAAUGGGAUCAGAUGUUAUGAUUGAAACGGCAAGAAAUCAGAGGUGUCCCAAGGUGGCUGCAAUUAGCACUAUUGUAAGCCGAGGGACACCAUUGAAAGCCUUUGUAUUUAGAAAUUACAAUCACCUACCUGGAGUCAAGUCUCACUAUCUUGGAAGUUGUCAGUAUAAAUUAUGGCAAGCAAUCCGAGCAUCAUCUGCUGCACCGGGUUACUUCCAGGAGUAUGGUCUGGGCAAUGACCUUCAUCAGGAUGGAGGGCUGCUCAUGAAUAAUCCUACAGCUUUAGCAGUACAUGAGUGCAAAUGUCUUUGGCCGAAUAUGCCUCUGCAGUGUGUAAUAUCCUUGGGAACUGGCCGAUACGAAAGUGAAGGGAAGACCAAUGUCACCUAUACAAGUCUGAAAGCUAAGCUGAAUAAUGUCAUCAGCAGCGCCACUGACACGGAAGAAGUCCACACUAUGCUGGAUGCUCUUUUACCUCCAGACACAUACUUCAGAAUUAACCCUCUGAUGAAUGAUGACAUACCUCUAGAUGAAAGCCGCAAAGAAAAGCUCAAUCAGUUACGGACGGAUGGCAUUCGAUAUUUAGAACGGAAUGAAGAAAAGCUGAAGAAAGCUGCCAAAAUAUUAACAGAGGAAAAAACAACUUUGCAGAGACUCAACGACUGGGUCAGAUUGAAGGCUGACAUGUACGAAGGACUACCAUUCUUUUCCAAGUUAUAAGUGUGUAAAGCAUGAAAAGUCAUAUUUCAAAGCAUA